AUGACCUUCUUUGUGGAGAACUUUGAGGACAGCCGUCAGUUGACCUUCAAUGGCCUCGGUGCGGUCCCUGUCUUUCUCGGAUUUCGAGAAUUUGGUACGAUCCGACAAGAUUGCUUCUAGUUUUUCUACGUACUCUUUUCUAUCCAUCAGUAAAACUCCUGAACCCUUAUCCGGCCUGGUUAGCACAAUGUUUCGUUUUUACAAAGUUCGCUGAGGCUAUCGAGAUGGGCCCUUGUUAAUGGACCUUUGUUUUUUGGAGCCUUUCUUAAGUACUAUUGACAGCAAUUAACCAUAGUCGACUUCAGAUAGUCUACUUCUCUAGGCUUGCUAGGUAUUAGAUCGGCAGUCUGACUGAAUAGACUUUCGAAUUGGACUUCUAACUCUAGCUGCUUCGGCAUCCGCCGUGCAUUGCAAAACCUAGGACCAAGAGACAGUACCUCUAUGAGAGUUUUGUCAAGCUGUACUGAGGAAUAGUUAUGAACGUACCGUUCCGGAUUAUUCGGAAGGGCCGUCUGAGCCUUCACUGGUUGGACGCUUCGAAGGAGCUUAGUCCACCUCGCCUCGAUUCAUUUACUUCUGACAGUUUGCACGUAGUUAUCGAACUGCGCCUCUCGAACGGCCCCAACCAUCGUCCCCCCGCCUGCCUCUUCCUCCUCCUCUCCGCCGCCAACUAACCCUGACAAUUCUUCUGACCCACCACUUCCAUCAUCCUCCUCCUCCUCCUCCUCCUUCUCCUCCUCCUCCUCCUCCUCCUCCUCCUCCUCGCCCACUGCGCCAACGGCGGCCGCUCAGGCGACUGUCCCACGCACAGCAACCGACACUACCACCACCUCCCCCGACUCCAGGGAUGAGGAUCAGGACUGCACCUGCCCUCACUGCGACCGUACCUUCACCUCACACAUCGGCCUGGUCGGUCACUUGCGAAUCCAUCGCACAGAGCCUGACGAACCAGUGCGUGAAGCACCAACGUACACCCACCGCAUUCGCCUCCACUGCCCACACUGCCCUCGCACCUUCAAGCAUCGCAUGGGCCUUUUCGGCCACAUGCGCAUCCACGAGAGCGACCUUGACCGCACUCCCGACACACCCACUACAUCCAACACAUCCACCGUGCACACCCUCACUCUCGUUCCAUCCGUCCGCGACACCACCACCACCACCACCUCCUCUGUAGCUGACACUGACACCGCCGACUUCUCAUGCCCACACUGUCCACGCACAUUCACCUCACGCAUCGGCCUGGUCGGUCACUUGCGAAUCCAUCGCACAGAGACUGGCGAACCAGUGCCUGGAGCACCCACCUAUACCCACCAAGCUCGUCUCAACUGCCUACACUGUCCUCGCACUUUCAGGCAUCACAUGGGCCUAUUCGGCCACAUGCGCAUCCACGACGACCUGCGGUAG